AUGACCACCUCGCAAGACACUCAAAAGCUCACAGUAACCGGUCUUCCCCCUGAUAUCCUCGCACACGGCAUCGUCCCGCUCCUCCAAGGCUUGGAAGACCGAGUAUCCCUCCAGAGAGCAGAGAAGACCGCGGACGUGACCAUCAAAUCGGAGCGUCCCACUCGGACCUUCCUCGCUCCUGGAACCCUGGACGAGCUUGGGACAUGGUACAAACUGCGCCAGGAUGGGACGAGAGCCGAAAACCACUUGACCAUUUUCAGCAAAUUGCCUUCUGCGGAAACCAAGCAGUGCUGCACUCACCUGAAUCCUUUCCGUCACGAUGGCUCGAACGUCGAUCCAGAGCUAUCAGCCCGAAUCUCCAGAAUCGCUGCCUCUGCACCUUUGACCAGCAUUCGGGUGGAGACGGUCGCUCAGCCGGAAGAGCCUCACCCGUCACUUUGGUGCGGUCUGCGUAAGCUGGCGCCACAAUUUGCAGACACGUUCAUGGUCAUCCGCGGAGAAGACAGAAAAGAGCAAUCCCUGUACUUGCCGAAAAUCCCGGGCACACUCCUUGACGAUCAGCAAGACGACUCGGCGGUGACGAGCGACAAUGGCGAUUGGAGCUGCGUGUUCGCCUCAGUUGCGGACUCUCCCUGCAUUUGGACGAUCGACAUCCUUGCAAGCCUUCUGAUGAUGGACGAGGUCAUUGCGCACAGAGACAACAGUGUCACUUUCGUCAGAUCGACUGCGCCACGACAAAGCACACAAGACCACCCUGCCUCCACUAACACAUGGAGCGAAUCAAUGAUCACCCCCGCAGAGGAGCAAGCGGAGCUCAUGCAAUCGAUCUACAAUACCAUCAACGGAGACAGACUGAUGUGGCCUGAACAAGACGAGGUCAUGGCACGCAUCAGGCAGCACCUGAAGUUUGGUACUUGGGAGGAGUACGAAAAGUCAUCGGUGGGACGGCGCUUUGCCGCCGGCGAGCGAGCGAGCGAAGGUAUGCUCAGUAGUCUGGUCUCCCAGCGAGCUGCAGUCGAGGCGAGCGACAGUCUGCCCAAGCAGGAGAUACAGGAACGGCGAGACGAGUCCGAGGACCAGACGUCGAGCGAGAGUGAUCCUGAGGCCUGA